CCUAAAAAAAACGUCCCAUACUUUCUAUUCCCUUGAACGAACUCGCUCAUCUGAUACAUCUCCAUCGACGCCUCAACCCUCGACCCCCUGCCUCACUCCACCACCAAUCUCCGAUCAGACAAGGUUGUGCUCUCGAUUGUUGAUGUCGUCCCUUGUGAAGCCACCACUGUUAGCCAUCUCCUCCCCACCGGCCAAAGAUCGUCACAACCCACAGCCGCACCGGAGACUUUCCAUAGAGUUUUUUAGCCUUAAUAGGAGGCUACGACGGGUUUUCAAGGGGAGAAUAUUAUCAGAAGCAGUAGUCGAUCCACAAGCAUCAUUCCCGUUUCCACCAUCAGACAAAUAUUAUCUUUGUGAUGCGGUAUGGGCGGUAAAGUGGAUUAGGCAAUCACCUUCAAGAAUUGGCAAAUUCACCAAGUUUGCCAAGCUUGUUAAUCCGGGUACAACGAAACACUCGGUAAGAGAUGUUCCAACAAGAUGGAAUUCUACUUAUCGUAUGUUGAAUAUUGCCCAAGCUUAUGAAAAAACUUUUGAGAGAUACGAUCUAGAGGAAUAUGAGUUUCGUUCCGACAUUGAAAAGGCGGGUUUAUCGAUUCCUUCACCGGGCGAUUGGCAACAUGUUAGGCAUUUGUAUAUUUAUUCCAUUCGUACACUCUUGGAUGAUGCUAUUUCCGAUGCUAGCCUUUGUGAUAUUGCAUUGGCAAUGAGAGUAAAGUUUGAUAAGUAUUUUGGCGAUGUAGAAAAAAUGAAUUUAUUGCUCUACUUUGCUUUGAUUCUUGACCCGAGGAACAAAGUAAAGUAUUUGGCUAUACUACUUGAGGAUCGUUAUGGAAAAGAAAAGAUGGAGGAGAAAAAGAAAUAUAUUAUGGAUUCUAUGUAUGAAUUAUAUAAUGAUUACAUUAGAAUUCAUUCUCCAAAUUGGCUUCGGGGUGGUAUAAGUGACAACAUCAAUUUUGAACAAGAUUGGGAAAACCUACAAGAAAUUGAUAAAAGGAUUGGGAGAAGUUGGUACGUCUAAUUAGAGCUCGGAUUGGAUAUGGAAAUGAAUGUGGCAACGUGAAGAUGCAAGAUUGAUGAAUAUUUUUGUGAAACUAAGAAUCAUUUGAAGAUGAUUUGAAACUUGGUUAUGUUUUGAAUUGGGUUAUGACUUAUGAAUUUUACUCUUUUGUUAUGUUUAGACUUUUAUUGUUUAGUUGGGUUGUGUUUAGACUUUUAUUGUUUAGUUGGGUUAUGACUUAUGUAUUUUGUUCGUUCAACCGUGAU